GCACACAACAUAUUUUUCCUUUACUUUGGGGGACUUAAGGGGAUCCGUAGGCUCGUCAGUUCAGUUUUUAUUUUUGAAAAUGCUUAGGUUUAGUUUAGUUAUAAGUGGCUUCUGUUAGUUUUAUUUUUUUGUCCCUGUAUCAUAAAUGGUUCAAAGAAAGAUAUCAAUCAACCAUUUGUUUAAAAAAAAAAACCCUCUAGAAUAUGAUAUAAGUUAGGGAACAAAAGGUUUGACCUUCUGCACUCUGUUAGCUCCUAAAAAUAUAAACUGAGGUGUCUGAGGAAAACUGUAAGGACAGUGUGUUUGUGUAAAAGACAAAAAACAAGAACAAUGAUUUUAUUUAAUUUGAGUUAGUCUUGUAAACACACAAUACAGUUUCAGUUGGGUUAAAGUUUUUUGGUAAAGUCUUGUUUUUUAUUCCAGUUAACAAAAAAUGUUUAAUGGGUUAACCCUAACCCAUAACCGUUUUGAAUAUUAGUUUUUGCCAACGAUAAUAACUUAAGUUCCAGAAACACAUAAUAAGGCUUACUCCUGCUUUCCAUUCACAUCAUGUGCACAGUCAGAAUAAACUCCAGCUAACAUUUAGUGUUGGAUGCUCUCAGGUAAGAUUUAAUUUGCGUGGUGGUGACUGUGUCUGACACUGUUUGCUGUGAUGCUUUGUGUACUAGCAGCUAGCUAACAUGAGAUGCUUUCAAUUUAGUUUACCUUUUUUCACUGUCUUACAUUUGACUUAGAGAGAGCGAGACAAUUCAAUUACAGAUGUUUCCCUGCUUUAAUAAACUCUGUGCGACUACUAUGGCAGAAACAAAAAUAAAAUGCUCGCCGGAAAUUGCAACGAUGGUGACGUUUCUACUAUAACCUUUUAUUCCCCCAGCACCAUGAGUCUGCGAGAGAUCAGUGAGAAUGUGAAGCUGGCCCGAGAAUAUGCCUUGCUGGGAAACUACAGCUCUGCCAGUGUUCUCUAUCACGGAUUGCUAGAACAAAUCAAGAAGUAUGUGUACACUGUGCGAGACAGCAGUGUUCAGCAGAGGUGGCAGCAGUUGUGGCAGGAAAUCAGUGAAGAGAGCCGACAAGUUCAGGACAUAAUGUCAACUCUGGAGAACUUUCAGCUGGACACAACGCCUGCUAAACCCAGUAACCAUGACGAUUUUGACAUAAGACCUGUGCAUGUGGAGCAGAGACAUUCUCCUUGUCCUGUCAGGCGGGUUUCUAACGUCAACAAAGACAGCAAACCUUCAAACAACCGGCUGAGUGUGGCGGUGCGAGCCCAGCAGAGACACUCGCCUCGUGGGGCCAAUGGGGACAGAAGCAAAGCCUCCAAAGGGAAAGAAAAGAAGGAAGCAAAGGAGGCUGCUGGCAAAUCAAAGGAUGAUAAGAACAAAGCUGACGUGCAGGAGAAAGAAGUGAAAAAGUUUGACGGGACAGGAUAUGACAAAGACCUCAUUGACGCUCUGGAGAGAGAUAUUAUUUCUCAGAAUCCAAAUGUCAAAUGGGACAACAUUGCAGAUUUGGAAGAUGCAAAAAAACUCCUAAAAGAAGCGGUCGUGUUGCCAAUGUGGAUGCCAGCGUUUUUCAAAGGCAUACGUAGACCAUGGAAGGGAGUGCUUAUGGUGGGACCGCCUGGUACGGGGAAAACACUUUUGGCCAAAGCAGUUGCCACCGAAUGCAGAACCACAUUCUUCAACGUGUCCUCAUCGACUCUGACGUCCAAGUACAGAGGGGAGUCGGAGAAGCUUGUUCGCCUUCUCUUUGAAAUGGCACGUUUUUAUGCUCCCACUACGAUCUUCAUUGAUGAAAUUGACUCCAUGUGCAGCCGCAGAGGGAAUUCAGAGGAGCAUGAGGCCAGCCGCAGAGUCAAGGCAGAGCUACUGGUGCAGAUGGAUGGUGUCGGUGGAGCUUCAGAAAAUGAUGAUCCAUCCAAGAUGGUGAUGGUGCUGGCUGCUACCAACUUCCCAUGGGACAUCGACGAGGCUCUGAGGAGACGGCUGGAGAAGAGGAUUUACAUCCCUCUGCCUUCAACUAAAGGCCGAGUGGAGUUGCUCAGGAUCAACCUGAAGGAGCUGGAGCUGGCCACAGACGUGGAUCUGGACAAGAUCGCAGAGCAGUUGGAGGGAUACUCGGGAGCAGACAUCACCAACGUGUGCAGGGAUGCCUCUCUGAUGGCCAUGAGGCGAAGAAUCGAGGGUCUCACGCCCGAGGAAAUCCGCAACAUCUCCCGGGAUGAGAUGCACAUGCCCACCACCAUGGAGGACUUUGAGUCGGCUCUGAAGAAAGUGUCCAAAUCGGUUUCUGCAGUCGACCUGGAAAAGUAUGAAAAGUGGAUCGAAGAGUUUGGUUCUUGCUGAAAAACGCGAGUACGUGAUCGGUCUCUGCUGGAGUGUGUUACUACGGUUACCCCGAGUUAUAGGAAGGUUGUGAGUGUACGGUGGUGGCUGUAUGUUUUCUAAAUUAAGAUGUUGACGAAAGGAAGUUGGUUUGUUAUUUUUGGUAAACAAGACGGGCUGUAGUCAUUCAAAUGUUAUCGUUCAAGUGCACAACCAAAGUACUAAACUUUGAGUCGGACAAAACAAGCACUUCGACUUCAGGACGAUUAAGACCUGAUUGUUUUUUUAAGUCAUACGACUCAUUUUGAAGUUGAGCCGAAUAACUUUCCCCCCUGAUCUUACCUGCACAAACAGUGUCUGAAAUCACUGUGGCAACAGGAGGCCUGCUCUUUUUAUCACUCUCCCACCACCUAUCCCAUAAGAAAGUUGACAGGGAUUGUAUCAUUUAUGCUAAUUAGCUUGUGUUUAUUGGUGAUGCAGGGAGUGUGUGUGUGAGGGCGGGAGGGACGGACGGACGGACCAAGUUUUUCCUGCUGCGUGUUGCCAAGUUAAGCCGUGCAUAUGAGAUGACCUAAAUCAACCUCUGUCUGUGGGAGUUUUCUAUUAUCAAUAGUGAAUGACCUGUCCCGACUUAACUCAUACAGUGUGAGCGCUCAGGUCGGAGAGUGUGAGUACAUGAAUUGUGAGCUUUGGUUGUGCGUCGUAAAUGAAAUAAUAAUAAAAAGCCCUACCUUGUCAGUGGCAAAAACACAAGCUUUUAGUGAACAUGAUUUAUACUUUGAUCGGUAGAAUUCGACCUGAAAGAUUAUCUCGCAGCUGCAGCUUGUGAACGAAACAAACUACUGGAGCGAUUCACAAACGUUCCUCCAGGUUUGAAAAAGAGACAACGGGUCUUCACUCUGAUCGACUUAAGUCAUCAAACAGUCAACGUGUUAAACCGGUAAAUUAGAGAAACCAAGAUUCCUGAUUUCCAGAGAGGACAACCAAAGUGUCACAAAUCAAUCAAAUGAGACACCUGUUUGUGUUUUGAUGCCUUGGAUUUUAUUUGUGGUUUUCUGAUGUAAUUACUUUUGAACACUAACAAAAUAAUUCUCUAAAUAAAGCUGACAUUGAUUAUUAACUUUAACAGAUAAGUUUAUUAUAAAAGAAAUAAAGAUAUUCUUGAAACGUU